CCGUGAGGCUGGCUGUUACCUGGAGCCAGAGCCAUGUCAAUAAAUAAAUAAUGCAAUUAGUUUUUGCAACUUGAGAGAGCCUGUCUCUGUCCCUACUAGUGUCUUCGGAUUGUUACAACAUUUAAAACGGUUCAUCAGAAGACAAUUCCUCGAGAGGAUCCAAGAUAAGUCACUGCAGAACUUUUCUGCCACUAUUAGAGCUCUAGUACUACCGUUUAAAAUAAUAGAACAACCGAAACCAUCCAUCACUGACCCCGCAUUCGGAUUUGUCAACUCGAGAGACCUGGAUGCACAAUGAAAACAAGGCCGCUGGCGGGUUGUCAUCACCAACUAGAGAACGAGCUCAACUCGUAAUUCACAAAGUAAAUGUGUUAUUAGUGACGGACAUCUAUCCGCAUCGCCGUUAAUCCUCAUUUACAGUGACGACGCACCUAUUGUUUUGUGUGUGAAGGGUUUUGGACUAGACUAGCAUGAGUUCCGUCCGUCCGGGGACUGCUAGCAUGCUAGCACGAGCACAGUAGGAAGCAGGGUUAACUUCAUUGGAGAUUGCUUGCCGAACGACUGGUGAUUUAACCAAGACAUUAUGGUGAGGACUAAAACGCCUUUAGUUAAUAAUUAUUAGCUAAUGCGUUUUGCAUUUUCGAAAAUCUUACUGGCUUCUCAUAUUGCAUCAGUGGCAAUAGCUAUGAACUGAAGCUAUUGGUUUUGAACCCCAUAUGAACAUUUCGUGUGGUUACGCUUCGUGAACUGGACAGGAUGCAUAAGGCGGUAUGCAUCUGGCUACUAAAAUAACUGUCAUGAAAUUGUUUUGAAGUCGCCCUGGCAGUGGUGCAAGUUAGCAUGUUAUUCUAGCCAGAGCCUCCUAUGGUCCAGCGGCUGAAGAAAACGGUCCAGGGUAUUUUUCCCCGAAGGGAGUAGAAGGGUGGGUGGUGAAUCACUGGUUACAUGUUACCAGCGGUUGACUUGAAGAUCUCAACUGAGAAUCCCGAUUAAUUUGUAGUCUGGUGGACGUCAUUAUCUGCUAUGGCCCAGGAAGCGUUUCCAUUGCACUAUUUGGUGUGGAACAAUCAAUAUCAACAACUGGACAGGGAGCUGCAGACAGAUCAGCAAGAUUUGGAGAGGUUGGACCCGCGCGGGCGGACCCCGCUCGAGCUGGCAGUGUGCCUGGGGCACCUCGAAUCCACGCGUGUACUGCUCAGACACAAUGCAGAUCCUACGCACUGUAAUGCGCAAAACUGGACAGUGUUGCAGGAGGCGGUCAGCACGGGUGAUCCAGAGCUCGUGCAGUUGGUCCUCCAAUAUCGGGAGUACAAGAGGGCCACGGAGAGGCUGGCGGGAAUACCUGAACUUCUGAGCAAACUGCGUCAAGCGAGAGAUUUCUACGUGGAGAUGAAGUGGGAGUUCACUAGUUGGGUCCCUCUGGUGUCCAAGGUGUGCCCUAGCGACGUGUAUCGCGUCUGGAAGAGUGGCUCGUGCCUGCGGGUCGACACCACCUUGUUGGGGUUUGAACACAUGACCUGGCUAAAGGGCCACCGAAGCUACAUAUUUAAGGGUGAAGAGGGGGGUGCGGUGGUCAUGGAGGUCGAUCAUGACAAGCAGGUGGUGUACACCGAGCCCCUGUCCCUCUCGGCCCAAGACACUUCCUCUCUCCUCGACGCCAUGUUGCCCUCACAGGAGAACACUGCACAGAGACUCACGUCACCCAUAGUGUCCACGCACCUCAACACGCGCAACAUCGCCUUUGAGAGGAAUAAGUCUGGUAUCUGGGGCUGGCGCUCUGAGAAGUCUGAGGCUGUCAGUGGAUAUGAAGCCAAGGUUUAUAGUGCCAGUAAUGUUGAACUGGUGACGCGAUCUCGAACAGAGCAUCUAUCAGACCAAGACAAGUCCAGAUGUAAAGGCUCCAAAACACCUCUGCAGUCAUUUCUGGGUAUCGCCGAGCAGCAUGUCGCAGAGAAUGGAAGUCAAGUUUCUCAAUGUGCAAGUCCAAACAACCCCACAGCCAUCACAGCAGAGGAAUACUUUGACCCCGAAUUUAUUCUAAACAACAGAGACAUCGGACGACCGGUGGAGCUCACCAGCAAAGUGCAAAAAUUUAAGGCGACUCUCUGGCUGAGUGAGGCCCAUCCCCUCUCGCUGGCGGAGCAGGUCACACCCAUCAUCGACCUCAUGGCUAUCUCCAACGCCCACUUCGCCAAACUCCGAGACUUCAUUACGCUGCGCCUCCCACCAGGCUUUCCAGUCAAGAUAGAGAUCCCGUUAUUCCAUGUACUUAACGCCCGGGUGACCUUCAGUAACCUGUGUGGCUGUGACGAGCCUGUCAGUUCUGUCACUGUACUGUCACCACCUGAGGCCAGUGAAACUGGCGUUCCAGGCUCCACAGAUGACUCUACAUCUUCGGGCAACACUCCGCCGCCUCCCCUCCAAUGCGAGGUCGACCAGUCUGUGUUUGAUCCUCCUGCUGACUACACCAUGCUGGGGCCAAGCCGUAGUGAGCCUAUGAGAGACGAGGACGAUAACCUACUGCAGUUCGCCAUCCAGCAGAGCCUUCUGGACGCUGGCACGGAGAGCGACCAGGUGACCAUAUGGGAGGCCCUGACCAACACACGUCCUGGUUCCCAACCUCCCCUCUACGAUGAGGACCCUCAGCUGGAGAGGGCAAUUCAGGAGUCGCUCUCCCUCUCGCUGGUCAGUGGAGAGGAUGGUGGGGAGGCCUCGGACCCUGCACCCCUGGAGCCGUCGGGCUUACCCCCACCACACCCUGCUGUCAACUCCCUGCCCUCCUAUGCCUCGCUGGGGGAAUCCAGGGAGCCUGGGGGUUUUGGCCUGGGGAGCAGCUUUGAUGAGCAGCUACGCAUGGCCAUGGAACUCUCAUGCCGGGAACAAGAGGAACUGGACAGGACGAAAAGGGAAGAGGAGGAGGAGUUGGAGAGGAUAUUACAGCUGUCCCUCACAGAGAAGUAACCAUGUCAACCACACAUGCAGUGGUGCGUGGGUGGUGUACAGGGUGUGGAGUGGGGUGUCAAAGGUUAAUUUAUUGUUUGCACUCUCUUUUUCAAUUUUAAAUUAUUCUUUUUUUAAUUAUUGUUUUUGAUUUUCACUUCAUUCCAACUGUUCUGGAAAAUAUGGGAACAUUUUAUAUCAUCUUAACAGGGAUGGACAUGAAGCAGGUGAUUGAGAAUAAGAGGGAAUCAGUAGGGGAAAUAAAAAGGGAUUCAUAAUGUCACUUUUGAAGGAAUGUAAGUUAAAGGUUUAUAAAAGGUGAAUGAUGCAGUCACUUUUGUUUUCCACCCUCCUGCUGUUAUCAUUUUUUUGCCAUUUGAAAUGUCAUCAUUAAAGUUCUGUGUUGAUGGGUUAAAGAGGCAACUGAUGAAUAUAAUUACACAUAAAAUAAUGAUGAUUGUACGAGGCAUCAAGUUCUGAUGGUUCACAGAUAUGAUAUGAAAAAUGAAUUUAUUAAAUUCUGGAAACAUUAUGGCAA